UUUUAUAUAUUGUCGGUACAUAUUGCUAAUGAUGCCAUGUUUAUACUUUACGUUCAACAUGCCUGCGCAUUAUUCAAAAAUAUAUGUUGCAACGUGAAGCAUAUACGAAGAUCAGAUUUUGGAAUGCUUAAGCCGGAUAUUGCUAAUGAUGAAGCCUAUCAUAUUAUAAUUAAAUACGUCAAAUCCUAUAAAUAUGCUUUAAGAUUUUCCGAUCUUCUAUCAUCUACCUACGCAACGUGCAAUUUUUUCUUAAUAGGAAACGUGAUAAUAGCUUUAAGCUUCAGUGCGGCUGAGUUAAUAAUGGUGGAUAAUCAGUUAGAUGAAAUUAUCAGAAUUAUUGCUGCUAAUGUGGCACAAUUGAUACAUAUAUUUCACUUGAAUUUAACGUCUCAACGACUGAUCGAUCACAGCAGCAAUCUUCAGGAAGCAAUUUAUAGCUGUGAUUGGUACAAAUUAUCACUAAGAUCCAGACAUCUAUUGAGAUUCAUGUUAAUGAGAGCUAUUAAACCAUGUCAAAUAAAAGCUGGUAAAAUAUACGUAAUGUCACUGGAAAACUUUAGCUCGAUAUUACAGGUUUCUAUGUCUUACUUCACUAUGCUUACGUCUAUGCAAGUUUAAUUAUUUAAUAAUAGUUAAU